AUGGCGGUGCGGACGGCGGUGGAACGGGGCCACACACUCACCAACGCAGUCGGGGGCGUGCACGGUGCAGGGGACAACUCCUCCACUGCAGGACAGCGCUGCGCAGCUUCGUGCACCGCGUCCCAGCCUGACGGGACUCGCCUCCGCGGAGGGCUGGCCGUGCCCGCUGAGGGAGGGAGAGUACAUUGCCGGCUGCUGCGUUCACUCUGUGGUGGGGGCGGGUGUGGCGGAUUGUCAAAGGCGAUUGGGGAGGGAGCGCUUCGCACCAAAGGACCAAAAGCGUUUGAGGUGAGGCGGCGUGUCGUGAGUGGGGCGCCCGGGGUGGCGGCCUCGGUGGUGGACGAGUGCCGGCCCCCACCCCCUCUACCGGCCGCUGCACCGCGAUGA